GACACACACACUGCAGACACACACACCGACACACACACCGCCGACACACACACCUCUGACACACACCUGCGCUCAGGUACAGCGUCCGGCUCCAAUGCAGUCAGAAUGAAGCGCUCCACGCUCAUCAGCUUUAAGGGCACAGUCACAAAGAUCUUGAACGCAGAGGCGGGGCUUUAUGAGAUUGACGGACAGGUGGGGCUUUGUCUGGCCUAUCAGCCGGCUCAGAAAUGGGGCGGCGGCUUGAGGCCAGGGGCAGAGAUUCAGCUUCACAAUGUUCACUUCAUGUACCGCGCCUCCCCGUUUGCACCGCGUGUGGUUCUGUGCGCGUGUCUGCGCUCCAGUCUGCAGAUCACCGCUUUCAGCCGCCUGAGUUCAAAGGUGGAGGUGUCGGGGACACACGGGCCGCUGCAGUGCCUCCUGCUGGAGAAGAAUCUGGGCGCGUCGCAGUAUCUCUGGCUCUGCUACUGUCAGAACGCCGUCGCUGAGAGGUUGUGUCCUCGCUGGGUGAGAGCGGAGAGAGUGUGUGUGGUCGCCGAGCGGCUGCUGGACUUUGUGUGUGACGCUGAACAGAAGACAGAAAACAAGAGAAACAUUUACAGAGAGAUGAUACAAGAGCCACACCAGUGCCCUGUUACUACGUUCUGUGUGUGGUGGCCGUCUGCGGCGCUGUGGUCGCUGAGGCAGCUGUCUGAUUGGAUGAGGUGUGAAGCGUGGGCAUCGCUCUCGCUGGCAUCUCUCCUGCCUGCGUCCGCGGCUCACAUGACGGCGCUGGAGCUGAAUGCGGCGCUGUCCUGGUCCGUUCACAAGGUCCCGCUGACGGAUGUGGCCCCGGAGCCACUGCUGUUACUGGGGGUUCUGGAGCUGGACUCGACCCACGCCACGCUGCAGCUCAGAGACCAAACUCACGCGCUCGACUGCCUGUGUGUCUCAGCCCACCAAUCAGGAGAUAGAACAGCACACAUCAACACCGCCUGGCAGGGUAAUGAUUAG